AUGGGAGGCAGCAAAGGGUCUAAUGGUAAUAGUAAUAGCCAGGUUGGAAAUGGAAACCAAAAUGCUGGUGGUGGAGGUAAGUCAUCCAAUGUAGGAGGAGCAAGUGGUGGUGGUGGUGGAGGCAAUGCAGCAGGGAAUAUGAAAGCACCUGGAAGAGAUUAUGCAAUCUCUAGGGAGAGCUUUGAAUGA